GCAUUAUUCAUACUCCAGAUACUAAUAUCUCUUGCCUUCCAACAUACUCGCGCCUGUAGUCGUGUAGUCGACAGGCGACCUGAAGCACCUGGUACACGCAGACAGGCCCGCCGCCCCGCAAGGCUGCCUCGUCGUGAGUCCAAUGAAGCUUCUUCCACGUAUCUCAGCCCAAGACCAGUCAGGGACCCAGCCCUUCAAAGAGCUGUUUGUGGCGCACCGAUUACGUCGCACAUCACCUCCGAGAGUCCAGAACCCGUACUAUACAGGGAGUCGAUGGGUCUGGAUCGGACCUGUCUUGCAACGACAGCCGCUGGUGUGUGAGAACCCGGACUACUACGUGCCUGGCGAGUGGCCCUAGUCUGCGCUAUCGAGGUGCCAGCAUUGCCGUGGUGGCCGUGAACGUUUCCCAGCGGUCUUGUUCUUCUCCCGGACCACUCCCUCUCGCCUCGGCUCCGGCUGGUCCUGCAUGCCAUGCCGAUUGGCGUGGGCAUGAUCUACAGGCGAGUCAUUCUCUAGGAAUAGGUGUCACUUCAGUCAGCAUAAACAUCUGGCAAUGCCUUCACUUGAAAGGCGAGAUACCUUAUGGUGGUAAGAGAGUGAAGCGCGAAGAUUGUUGAGUUUCCAUCUACCUCAGCCGACGUUUUGCCACCAACGCCAUAUACUGGGUGGCGAGCUUCCCCGCAAACGGUAUUGAUUGGUGCUGAAGGAAGGUGUACUGUAGUACCUCCAAUUUCUCGUACGGAGUACAAAA